UGGAGUAUCAAACAUAUAAAAUAGGCUGUCGUGUCGGAGAUGUCAUUUCAAACCGAGCAGUUCUCAGCACCACGUCAAGAAGUAUGUCGGACAUUUCCAACCUAAAGCGGACCGGACAAAUCUGCAUCUACCUCCUCUUACUGACGUCAGCCGUGAGCAGUGAAUGCAACCGCCGCCGUAUAAUACACACACUGAGCUACGAAGGCUGUCAACCUAAACCUCUUCUUUCGUUUGCCUGUGAUGGAGCUUGUUCUUCAUAUUCCCGACCAUCAGUUGAUCUGGCAGGAGAACUGACACACUACUGCGAAUGUUGCAAACAAACAGAAACGAGGAUGUUAAGAACAGCUUUGAUAUGCCCCAAUAGAGAUGGCAGAAGUAUCCGAAGAAUCCUGAUACGUGUUAAUAUUCCCAUUGCAUGCGCAUGUAGGCCUUGUUCUGCAUUACCGGCAAAUAUCAUUCCAGCGGAACAGGAGCUGCAAAACGGCAAAAGAUCUUCAUUUGACAUUCUAUCAAAAGUUAAUGAAACAAAAUGGACUGAGGAUGAUGCCGAUGACCAUGUUAUUGAAGAAAGUAAUAUGAACAAGAUCGAUAAAGGAAAACUCUGAGCAUCUGAUGCCUACAAUAAACUGCAGUUCGGUUAUGUAUACCACUUUUAAAAGUAAACAUGGAUGCUGGCUAUCCUGAUAGAUAAAUUAUGAAUUGCCAACUGCACUAUUCACACAGGUCGGUAUGUCACUGUUGACUGUUAGGUAUUCCCUAGGUUUAUACAAUGAAUAUAUGUUGGUAUGACAGAGAUAUUAGUGUAAAUAAAUAUAUGCGUGCUGUUUUAACUUUUGUUAUGUAUUUGGGUACAUUAUGUGGAAAUAUGUUAUUGAAAUAGAACUUUCUUAGAAAUUGAUAAAAUAUGUCCUUGUUAUUCUUACAUGUACAGCGUGUGGUUCAAGUUACAAAUUAAUAUAACUGUAUCAUCGUAAAUGAAACAUUUAUAAAUCGUUUUUUAAUCCUCUUCCAAUACAUUCAAUUGUAUAAAUGGCAUGUGUUUAUAUAUGAUUCUACUCUGGUAUUUCCUUCUUACAUGAAAAUGCAAAUACAAAAAUACAUGCUGUUUAGUAAGACCACACUAACAUUACUAUUGGCGGAAAAUUCGUGUGAUGUUAUACUUAACGUUGUGAAUGGAAUCGUAUUAUGUCUAGUUCGCAAGUAAUACAUAUUGUUAUCGAUUAAACGACUAAUAAAACAAUAUUUUUACAAAUAUUAACCGUAAUCCGUAAUCGUUACUCUUAUAGAAUACCAUUAAUCUUCUUCAAGCCCUCCAUACAGUUGUGCCGAGGAAAAUUAUUAUGAUACCCUUUGAUAACCAGAUUGCUCCAGCAAUUCGGUACUUUUAGC